UUCUUGUUAACGAUAACAAUAAAACUCUCCUGAGAUAAGCGUCGUGUGGUAGCAAGCUGAGACUGUCCGCCUAUAUAAUUUAAUCAUUAUGCCAGCCAGCAUGAUUGAAUGUGUGGUCGUAGAGUUAUACUUCGUUGCAACUGAUAAAACAUUAGUAUUAUAGUUGGGAUAGUGUUGUUGAAUGCGCUCAUAUUCAGACUUUUGUUGAUAAAAGAAGGUUUUAAGUCUUUGUUAGCACUUUUAGAAUAAGUAUCUAUGCUUAUCUGAUCUCUUUAUUGAACAAGUCGAUUGAGGGUACUGACAGCACUUCUUCCCGGAUGUUUUUUGUAAUAUUCUGUCUGAGUGGGACGACCAGUGAUUGAUAACUAUGUUUUCUCCUUGGCUUUUGAAUUAUCUUGCCUUGUAAUGCAAGAUUUUUUGAUAACUUGGGAAGAAAAAAAGGUAGAUGUUGUAUAUAGUCGUUUCUUGUGAUUUCGGAUAUCAGAUCUCCACUUGUGGUGUAAUAAGGAGAAGGGAUUCAGACUACCAAGUCUUUCCACGAAUGAUUAUGUGUGUCCUUCUCAAGACGGAGGCUGACUGUAUGGAUGGAGUUUUGUAGUUUCGACGUCGUCAGAGAUGUAUAUAAGGCGAUGAACAUUGUUAUAUUGAUUUUAGUAAGGGCUCUGCGUAUUUCUCAUGCGGAUCUAAAGUAUUGAGCUCCGGUAGUAUGCCAUAUUGCUAUAGGUUAUUACUUACUAUGGCACUUAGAUCCAUGUUCGUUUUAAUUGAUUGGAGUUAUGUUGUCUGUCAUAUGGGCUGUCACCCGAUGCGCGUGGUUGUGCGCUUUGAUUCUUUUAUCAGGUACAUUCAUUCAUUAGACCAAUAUAACAUUUUUUAAGAUGUCGCAACUUCAGGAAGUAGCUAUCAUAUAUGUCUAAACUGAGUUCACUUUUAACAGUUUGAAAAAAAUGUGGGCAUUGGAGAUUUUGUAAAUUCCGGUUUAAUAAUACUUUGAUAAAGCUAGCAGUAAAUAGCGAAAUGUCAGUGAAAACAAUAUCGUUUUGUUUUUCAUUGAUACCAAAACCUUUAUUAUAAGUCGCUAUCAUCUCUAAGCUCUCCGCAUUUUUAGGUCAUAUGCAUAAGUUUAAGAUGCUAUCGAAUCUGUUAGAAUUCGGAUGUAGGAACUCAGUCACUAUAUUAUUCAACUUUCGUUUAAAAAUUUAUUUGAGCGUCGAAUUCUCUGCGAAAUGACUGAUCUAAGUGGAUGUGUCUGUCUUGUCACGGGAGCUACUCGGGGUAUUGGGAAGGGUGUGGCGGUAGCUUUGGGAAAGUGUGGGGCUACAGUGUAUAUUACUGGUCGAACAUUAAGGACCCCCAAUGACGGUGUCGGGGGUAGUUUACAAGAAACUACGGAUGAUAUCAAUAAAUAUGGUGGUAAAGCUAUUCCUGUUGUUGUGGAUCACUCAAAUGAAACCCAAGUGACAGACUUAUUUAAUCGAAUUAGUCGAGAACAAAAUGGACGUUUGGAUAUCUUAGUGAAUAAUGUUUAUAGUGCUGUCUCGUUCAUAAGUCAAAAUAUUAAGAAGCCAUUUUAUGACAUCAAAAAUGUAUCUCCAGGGGAAGCUUGGGACAUAGUAAAUAACACUGGUUUAAAAAAUCAUUAUGUUUGUUGUGUUUUGGCCACUCGAAUGAUGAUUGAGCAUCAAACAAAGUCAGAUACAAAUUCGCCUCGACCUGGAUUGAUUGUAAAUAUCACAUCUUUUGGUGCUAAAACUUAUCUCUUCAAUGUGGCUUAUGGGACAGGUAAAGCAGCACUUGAUCGCAUGACUAAAGAUAUGGCCAAAGAGUUGAAACGUGCAAAGGUUAAUAUUUCUAUUGUUGGAGUUGCACCUGGACUAGUACGUACGGAACAUAUGUUGAAUUUUGCGGACAAAGGACAUCUAAAACUCGACUUUAAUAACAGUGAAUCACCUGAAUUAACCGGUCGUGUGAUAUCGCAGCUGGCUUCAGAACCGUCGAAAAAACUACUUUCUCGGUCAGGUCAAAUAAUGAACGUUUGUGAUUUGGCGGAACAGUUCGGCAUAAAGGAGGAUGAUGGUCGUGCAAUCACCAAUAUACGGUCGAUUAAAUUUAUUCUUUCACAUUUUGGCUUUUCUAUAGCUAAAUUUAUUCCGAAUUUUGUUAAAGUUCCAGAAUGGUUAUUCGACAUUAUACUGAAGUACCAAUAAGAAAAGUUAUACUACCCCUUUUCUCUUUAUAUUUUGAAAUUUUUUUUAAAAUUUUUUUUAUCCUGAAACCAGACUUAGUGAUUUCUUCAUCAUAUAAUCAUUCCAGUGAAAUUAUCAACUCGAUUAAGAAUUUUUUUUAUUUGAAUAUGUGACUAUCCUGCUUUUUGAUUUUUCUGGAAAACUAAUUAAAUUCAGUUUAAAAUUUUUAGUCGACUUCAUAUUUAAGUUUUACCUUAUUUGAAAUAAGUGUAGAUUAGCAGCUAUUUUCUCGGCUUGCUGUUUUU